CGGGCCAUGGGCUGUCUCGGCAACAGCAAGACGGAGGACCAGCGCAACGAGGAGAAGGCGCAGCGCGAGGCCAACAAGAAGAUCGAGAAGCAGCUGCAGAAGGACAAGCAGGUCUACCGGGCCACGCACCGCCUGCUGCUGCUGGGUGCUGGAGAAUCUGGUAAAAGCACCAUUGUGAAGCAGAUGAGGAUCCUGCAUGUUAAUGGGUUUAAUGGAGAGGGCGGCGAAGAGGACGCGCAGGCUACCAGGAGCAACAGCGAUGGUGAGAAGGCAACGAAAGUGCAGGACAUCAAAAACAACCUGAAGGAGGCCAUUGAAACCAUUGUGGCCGCCAUGAGCAACCUGGUUCCCCCUGUGGAGCUGGCCAACCCUGAGAACCAGUUCAGAGUGGACUACAUCCUGAGCGUGAUGAACGUGCCUGACUUUGAUUUCCCCCCUGAAUUCUACGAGCAUGCCAAGGCGCUCUGGGAAGAUGAAGGGGUGCGUGCCUGCUACGAGCGUGCCAAUGAGUACCAGCUCAUCGACUGUGCCCAGUACUUCCUGGACAAAAUCGAUGUCAUCAAGCAGGCCGACUAUGUGCCCAGCGACCAGGACCUGCUGCGUUGCCGUGUCCUGACUUCUGGAAUCUUUGAGACCAAGUUCCAGGUGGACAAGGUCAACUUCCACAUGUUCGAUGUGGGCGGCCAGCGCGAUGAGCGCCGCAAGUGGAUCCAAUGCUUCAAUGAUGUGACUGCCAUCAUCUUCGUGGUGGCCAGCAGCAGCUACAACAUGGUGAUUCGCGAGGACAACCAGACCAACCGUCUGCAGGAGGCUCUGAACCUCUUCAAGAGCAUCUGGAACAACAGAUGGCUGCGCACCAUCUCUGUGAUUCUGUUCCUCAACAAGCAAGAUCUGCUGGCCGAGAAGGUCCUUGCUGGCAAGUCCAAGAUCGAGGACUACUUCCCAGAGUUCGCUCGCUACACUACUCCUGAGGAUGCUACUCCUGAGCCUGGCGAGGAUCCCCGUGUGACCCGGGCCAAGUACUUCAUCCGCGACGAAUUUCUGAGAAUCAGCACCGCCAGUGGAGAUGGGCGCCACUACUGCUACCCCCACUUCGCUUGCGCUGUGGACACCGAGAACAUUCGCCGCGUGUUCAACGACUGCCGUGACAUCAUUCAGCGCAUGCACCUUCGUCAGUAUGAGCUGCUGUAAAGAGGGAACACUGAUAUAAUUAAAACCUUAAGCACAGUUAAUUAAAAAUGAAACUUAAUUCUACAAGCAGUUAAUCACCCACUGUAGGGCAUGAUUAACCAAGCAACCUUUCCUUUCCCCGAGUGAUUUUUUGCAAAAACCCCUUUUCCCUUUCAGCUUGCUUAAAUAUUAUACAAUUUAGAAAGCUUAAGGCGGCCUAUAGUUAAAGAAUUAAAAAAAAAAAGGCCACAAAAGUUCCCUCUCACUUUACGUAAAAAAAAAUAAAUACAAGCAGCAAACAAAUAAAUGAAAUAAAUAUUGUUGUGUGCAGCAUUAAAAAAAACAUAAUAAAUAAAAAUUAAAUGUGAGCAAA